AUGACCUCCACGAUCGCGGACGGCGCUGCGAACCCGACGCCUCCGGGCUACCCGCAUCCUGAUCCUUGCUUGUCCUUCUGGUUGCAAGGCGGGCGGAGCUCUCCGCUGAUCGGGCAUCGCUCGACUGAAGCUCUCCCGGAGACAGCAGACGUCACGAUCAUAGGAUCCGGUAUCAGUGGUGGCGCGCUUGCAUACUUCCUCCUCAACGGACCGAACCCGCCUAAAAAUGUGGUCAUGCUCGAAGCGCGCGAGGUGUGCUACGGCGCGACUGGGAGGAACGGGGGUCAUUGCCGCCCGGAUUGCUACAGAGGCUACAAGGGCUACAAGACGCAGUUCGGCAAGGAUCAGGCGAUGAAGAUCCUCCAGAAUGAGAUGGACACGCUUAAUCUUGUCGAGGAGAUCGUCAAGAAGGAGGGCAUUGACUGCGACUUCUGGCGUGGUCUCUCGUAUGACGUUGCCCUCGACCAAUCAUGCGCGGACUUCUUCAAGUCUAACUACGACGAGUUCGUCGCGGAUGGCGGUGUCGUAGACGGCAUCGUCAAGGCCUUCACCGACCCCGAGGACGCCGCCAAGCGCACGCGCUCCAACGGCGUCGUCGCCGCCUACGAAUUCCCCGCCGGCUCCCUCUGGCCCUUCAAGCUCGUCACGCACCUCAUCCGCCUCUGCAUCGACAAGCACGGCCUCAACCUGCAGACGAACACGCCCGCGCGCUCCGUCUCGCAGGCCGCGUCGGGCAAGUGGGAGAUCAAGACCGAUAGGGGCACGCUGACGACGGGGAAGGUCGUGUUCUGCACGAACGCGUUCACGGCGACGUUGCUGCCGGAGUUCUUGGGGAGGAUCGCGCCGUAUCGGGGUCAGUGCUCGGCGGUGAUUCCGACGAAGGCGUUUUCGGGGAAGAAUAUGUUGACGCAUACGUAUUCGCAUCGGACGGGGGUGAAUAACUUCGACUACAUGAUUCAGCGCCCGAAGGACGGGACGAUCAUUGUGGGCGGCGGCCGCUGGGCGGUCCCCGUCGAGAACCUCAUCGGGAACACCGACGAUAGCGUGAAGAUCCCGGACCUCACCGAGUACCUGCGCGAGGUGAUGAAGAAGACGAUGACCGGGUGGGGCGUGGAGGCGCUCAACGAGGGUCUCCUUGUCGACUGGACGGGCAUCAUGGGGUACACACCGGAGGCUGUUCCCUACGUCGGCGCUGUGCACGGCAAGCCGGGCGCGUUUAUCACUGCUGGGCAUUCGGGACAUGGCAUGGCCCGCGCCUUCACCUGCUCGCGCGGCAUCGCGAAGCUGCUGAACGGCGAGUCCUGGGAAUCGACGAAGCUUCCUGAGUGCUUCCAGCCGACGCCCGAGCGCCUCGCCGCGCCGAAGCAGACCGUCGAGGAGUUGUGGGUGGAAGUCGGGAAGACCGACUCGACUGUGCCGAUGAUGCACUAG